UUAAUAGUGAUUUAUAAUUGCUCAUUUGUGAUAAUUAUUUUCUCUUUAUAAUAUAAUUUGUGAAUAUUAGAAAAAAUAAAAAAGAAUUUUAAUCCAAUGUUUUAAUUAAACAUUGAAUUUAAAUGUUGAAAAGAUUAAUCAUUUAUUAAUCAAUAUUAUAGUUAACUAUUGUUAACACAGAAAAAAGAAUGAGUUUGCUUCCUUUUAAUGAUAUUUUAUAAUAGUUUAUUACAAUCAUAGUUGAAGUAUAAUUAUACGUAUUAUAAUAAUAUUGAUAAUUGUGCCGAUUUAUCAAUAUUUCUUAUAUUCACUUAAUAUGUUAUAUUGGUUGCCAAAAAAACGCUUAAUAAAAAGGUAACAAUUUCUUUUGUUGUGCCUGCAUGAUAACAAAGACUUAAAGAAUUAAUAGGAUUAAGAGAUAUAAAUAUUUUUUUGUAUAUAUUUACCAUUAAUAUAUUAACUUAUAAGUAUACGAACGGAUUCAACCAUUAUUCAACAAAGACAGGCUUCUAAUGCAAAAGACUUGUGACAGGAAUCCUUAAGCUUUGGUAGCUACUAACAAACAUGCGAUCAAGUUACCUACUCUUAGCAGCAGUGAUACCAUUCGUCAUCCUUGAUAUUUGGUACACAGGAAUAUGUUUAUUGUGGAUCAUGAAAGUAUCAAUUCUAACUUAUCUUAUUUUAUUUGGAAUUUUACCUAUUAUAUUUCAUUAUUCUUAUACAGUACAAAAAAAAAUCCUUUUUUUAAAUUUUGUAUAUUGGCCACUUAACACUGAUUUUUCGAAACCAGAGAUUCUUGGCUUGAAAGGAGUUAGAAAUUUUUACUUGCAUACCAAUGAACACGUAAAAUUAGGAGUAUGGCAUAUAUUACCGCAAUCUUUAAUAAAUGAUUCAUUUGUUCCAACGAAUGAAGCUUUUGAAACUUCUUUACAUAACAGUAGUAAACCAGUUUUUGUAUAUAUGCAUGGAAAUAGUGGAAAUAGAGCAAGUAGCCACAGAUUAGAACUUUAUAAACUUUUCCAAAAUUUGGAUUAUCAUAUUGUGUGCUUUGAUUAUAGAAGUUAUGGAGAUAGCGACAAAGCAGACCUCUCAGAAACAGGUAUUGUCAAUGAUAGUAAAUAUAUUAUUGAAUGGGUAAUGGGUAAAGUUAAUGGCACUGCACCUGUUUUUGUUUGGGGACAUUCUUUGGGUACUGGAGUGUCCACGCAUGCAUUAGCAUUAUUAGGUGCUAAAGGUAUAAUACCUACGGGUUUGAUACUCGAAUCACCUUUCAAUAAUAUUAUUGAUGAAAUAAGCGAGCAUCCAUUUGCACAGAUAUUUAAACACUUACCAUGGUUCAAUUGGCUAAUUGUAGAACCUUUCUAUCAUAAUGGUUUACGAUUUGAAUCUGACAAACACAUUAAAAAUGUUACUUGUCCUGUUAUGAUAUUACAUGCUGAAGAUGAUAACAUUAUACCAUUAUAUUUGGGUGAAAAAUUGUAUCAAGCAGGAUUGAAUUAUCAUAAAAAUGAAACAAAUUUAAUUGAAAUGGUUAGAAUAGAUGCAUUAUAUGAACUUGGACAUAAAUAUAUUUGUCGAUAUAAAAUACUACCGAAUAUAAUUGAGUCGUUUGUAACAAAAUUACAAAAAACACAAGACUGAAGAAAAUACUUAAACUAUCUACAGUAUUACUAUGCAACUUUGUUUCCAAUAGAGUUUUGAUUGUAUUUUGUACAUUUAAAAGAGUACAAGAAUGAGUAUUAUACAAUUAAUAAACUUAAAACAAAAAAAUUGAUGAAAUUAUCCUCUAAGAUUUUCAAUUACAAAAUACUAAUUAAUCAUAAAAGUAUAAAUAUAAUUACGAAAAUAAAAAAUUGAUUAUAUUGGUGAUAAUUUUAUUAUAAAAUAUUGAAACGUGCAAUUUUCAAGUAAUACAUUUAUUUUUAUAUAUAUUGCAAUGAAAAUGACUUUCUUGUAUUAAUGUGGGUUUAUUGUACAGUCUCUCAGAUUAUUAAAAAAACAAAUGCAUCAUUAAAUCACAAAUAGGAUUAAUAAUGUAGUUAGGUAAUUAAUUAGGAUAAAUUGCUUUAUGUAUUAUUUUUAUUUUAUUUAUUGAGUUAUAAGAAUUUGUUUUGAAAAAAUAUAAGCAUGAACUAAGUGUAUUUGAUUCUUAUGAUAUAUACUUGUGAUAAACAUUGUCAUGUAUUUAUAAUUGUAAUAUUGUAAUACAUAAAUGUAAAAAUUGAUAUUAAAAUAUAAAGUAUUAAUACAAAAUUUA